UUAUUUCUCUUUUCCUCUUUUCUCUGUUUUUUCUUUCUAAGCGAUUACUUUUUUUUUUAGAACUUAAAAAAAAGGUAACAAAAAAAAACGUAUACAAAUAAACAAUACGCGUAAUAUUUACCAAUUGUUUUCUUCAUAUUAUAGAAAAUGUCUUCUUCAAGUAUUUUUGAUCCUCGUUCUAUUGAAUCAGCAAAGAAUACAGUAGCUUCAUUUAUGAAGACUGCUUUUUCUCAAACCAACGUUCCUACCACAACCGCUGUUAUCUGUUCUGCCGUUGUCGGUUUGUUUGCUUAUGAGCAAUACGUCUAUUUAAAAAAGAAGAAGUCUUUACCAGGCCCCAGCUUCAAAAUCCCAAUUAUCGGUGCCUUUACUGAUUCUCUUUAUCCUACCUUUGAAGGUUAUAUGAGUAAAUGGAAGAGUGGUGAGCUUUCUUGUGUUAGUGUAUUUGACAGAUUUGUUGUUAUUGCUUCAACCUGUGAAUUAAGUCGUAAGAUCCUUAACGCACCUGCAUAUGCUGAACCCGCUGUUGUUGAUUCUAUGAAGCAUAUUCUUUGUGCUGAUAAUUGGGUUUUCUUGAGUGGAAAGAUUCACGUGGACUAUCGUAAAGGAUUGAACGUGUUAUUUACCCGUAGAGCCUUAGGUAUCUAUAUCCCAAUCCAAGAGAAAGUAUAUCAAAAACAUUUCGAUGAAUGGCUUUCAUUGGGUGGUAUUUCUGAACAAUAUCAGUUACGUUUCCGUGAGCUUAAUAUGGAAGCCUCCCUUCGUGUAUUCAUGGGUGACUACAUGUCUGACGAAGUUGCCUCUACAAUUUCUCAAGAAUACUUCAAUAUUACCGCUGCUUUAGAACUUGUCAACUUCCCUAUUCCUUUGCCCGGUACCAAGGUUUACAAGGCUAUUCAAUCUCGUAAAUAUAUUGUUAAGCAUUUCAUUGAAAGUAUCAAAGAUAGUCGUGUUAGAAUGGCCAACAAAGGCACAGUCAAGUCCAUGAUGGAUGCUUGGAUCAACUCUAUGUAUGAAGAUGAGAUCGAGUGUGAAAAGGCUGGCAAGCCUGCACCAAGAAAGUUUGAUGAUCGUGAGAUUGCUUUAACCAUUUUGACUUUCCUUUUCGCCUCUCAAGAUGCUACUUCUUCUGCUUUGACUUGGGCUUUCCAAUUGUUAGCCGAUCAUCCUGAAGUUCUCCAAAAGGUUUAUGAUGAGCAAGUUACUGUUCGUAAGGGUGAUCUUAAACAAGAACUUUCUUUGGAGUUGAUGGAAGAGAGUCCAUAUCUUCGUCAAGUUGUUAAGGAGAUUCUUCGUUUGCGUCCUCCUGUAUUGAUGGUGCCUUAUCAAACCAUUCGUGAAUGGCCUCUUACUCCCAACUAUACUGUUCCCAAGGGUUCUAUGGUCAUUCCUACCACUUAUCCUGCUCUUCAUGAUCCUGUCGCAUAUCCCAACCCCGAUGCUUUUGACCCUGAUAGAUGGGGACCUAACGGUACUGCCGAAAAGUAUCCCAAGAAUUUCAUGGUAUUCGGUAAUGGACCUCAUCAUUGUCUUGGUAAGGAGUUUGCUGUCAUGCAUUUGAUGGCAGUCAUUGGCCAAGCUGCUCUUCAAUUAGACUUUACACAUACUCGUACUGAAAAGAGUGACGAUAUUUCUAUUUUCGCUACUAUUUACCCUCAAGACGGUUGCAUCAUGAGUUUCAGACCCAAGUCAACCACUGCUUAAUUUCCUAUUCUCUUCCCUUUUUAUAUUUAAUCUCAUUUCUUUUUUAAUUUUUGCAUCAGUGUCCCUCCUACACAUGUCCCCUUUGUCCCUCACCCACCACCCAUAAUACUUUUUACAUUUUACCUCCCAAUUUUUUUUUUUUUUAUAAAUAUUUUUAUGACAAUU